UCACAGUUAAUUUUUAAUUUUUGGCGAAUGAACUUUAAAAUAAGCAAAAAAUCGAAAUUUUAAGUAAAUGUAAAGUUGGAAAAUGAAUCAAAUUGUUAAUUUAAUGAACUCGUUAUUUAUUUGAGUAUUUUUUUUAAAUCGCGUAGUGAUUUGAUAGUACGAUUUCUCCCUAAUCGACUUCAACUGUUACUUGGAAACAUAUAUAAGCUUUACAAGGCGUGGGUUCUUGGUAGCCGAAGAAGCAUGAGUCGCUAUCGCCCAAGAAUGCAUGAACUAUAUCGUGAGGAUGACAUGUAUUAUCCGUACAGGUCACGCGGGUAUGACUACGAUUAUCCCAUAACAGUUAACGGGAGAAUGAUUGGUCAUUUGUUGCCUGGAAAUGUUGUAAAUCCAGUAGGCGUGAGUCGUGCUCGUGGUGGUAUGGAAAUGCAGGAUCUUUGCUGUAGUAACGGACUGCCACCUUUCGGGCAUUAUGAUGAAGAUUACGAUAUGGAUAUCGACCCAAGGUGGCUGCGACGUGGAUUUCCUAGAGUGUCUAAUUAUUUUCACGGUGAUUGCGGCGCAAAUCCUUACGAUCCUAGGUAUGGAUCCGCAACUAGUCAGUGGUGUCCUGGCGCAGGCAUUGGACUGCCAAAUUGUUCCUUCAUGGACACGACAUUGGGUGGACAUUUUCGCUUAAGACGUUGUCCGGGAGGACUUUGUCAUGAUUUUUAUUGAAAAAGUGUGAAGUUUAGGAUUUGAGUCUAAUAAAUGGUAUUUAUCAAUAUA